GUACCAUUUUCUAGAGACGAGCUUUCAAGAUGGAUCAUGAUUUGUUUUGGGGUGUUUUUUUUAUGCAUUGAUAUAUUUGAUGGCUAACUUUCUGUUCAUCAUGCAGUGUAAUUGUAUUUGUUUUCCUUUGACAUAUGCUUCUGGGAUUUGGGUCUUUGUUAAUGUGCAUUCUUAUUCUCCUCUGUGGGCCCAAACUGCAUGUUGAAUAAAUAUUCUAUUCUGUUAAGACUAUUGCCUCUUCCUACCCUGUCCUUACUUGUCAGAGAUUUAUUUAUUUAUUUUUUUAUUUAUUUAUUUGUUUGUUUGUUUUAUUCGUAAGGCUGAUAUGUUCCUCAAAUUUUCUUCACGUGGCUACGUCAGUUUCUCUCCUCCUAUAUUAUCUAGAUCCGCUCCUGAACAGUUUAUGCACGCAGCGCUACCUUUCGGCAAGCCCACAAAGAGGCAUAACUUUACUUUUACUUCCGGAAAAUGACAUUGAGUGCAACCACAAUAUUUUGGUUUUCGUUCAGGGAUCUUGUCUAUCGUUAGGUUUUCAUGUCUCAAUGACGAAGUAAAUUUGUCUCUUAAUGAACAGCCAUAUUUUAGAUAAUGUAAUUUGUGAAACGAAAGUUGAAACAUUCAUUAUUUUCAUUUGGAAGACGCUUACAAUCAAAAAGGAGUAACGCUAUUACAUGACCGGAUGUUUACAUAAAUUUACCAGCUAAAAAAAAUUUCCAGGCCAGUUUUCCACAUAGUUAGAAUUGAUCAGCAUGAUGGGGUCUGUAGGAAACUCAUCGAUGUCAAACAACACUACUCCGAGUAAAGACAUCAUCAUGGCUGGCUGUUUUAUCAAUUUCAACACAGUAGCUUGCAUAAGGAGCUCCAUUUUGACUUUCCUGGCUGUUGUAACGGGGCUGGUGUGUAUCCUGAAGGUGGUUCGACUCCACUUGAUGCACCACCCGGCGUGGCACCAGUACGUUAUCUUCUACACGGCCUCACUGGAGUGCACCAUUGCAGGUGUACAUUGGGUGUUGGUCCAGUAUGCCCAGAUGGACUUUGUUCUACAAUACCUGAAGCUCAUCCAGUUCCUGGUCAUGUGUCACUUUUACUGGACGCUGGCCACUAGAGCUUUGAGACGGGAGAGACUCACUAAAUGGUUCUUGAUUCCGUUUUUGACUCUGGUGUGUGUGUACUUCACUGUUAUAGCCACCCUGGGAAUUGUCAAUGUAGAACCUCCCAUCACCGAAUGUUUACAGCCCUACUGGUUGGAGCUCUCAGGAGCCGAGUUUGCCACCGUCCAGCUCUUCAUGGUGGCUGGCUUCUAUAUCACUCGUCGUCUGAACGAGAUCAGCACUCUCGAUUCUGUCAGGUGGUCACAAAAGAGAGACCUCUGGUGUAUUAUCAUCGUUUUUGAAAUAUCAGCUUUCAUCGGAUUCAUUUAUGAUCUGACACUCCAGAUACUUGGAGAUGAAUCCAAUGGUUGUGGAUACAUAUUUGGUGGGAGAGAAGAGCUCUUUUCCUCAAUAUUUCUGGUCUUUAUGGUCCUGAAGCUUUUGCUGCCAAUCUGGGUCAUGUUAUUUGUGUUUCAAGCCACUCCAGUUGUGACUGAGCCCGAGGAUUUGGUUCCAGCCCUCAGCGAGGACGCGAAUUCCCUGUUUGGGGGUGUGGAUGACCACCAAUACAGACAGCUGUACCAUCCGUCUGAAGACUACAACAGUUUCAGAGACAAUUCGCCCUCCCCGAACCGUCCCUCCAUGAACAUCACCAAGAGUAGCUCUUCCAACCUGGACCCAAUCAGGGAAGAGGGAUCAUCUAACAUGGACCAAAACAGGACUGUCGUCAGGGGCAACAUCCAGUCUCGACAAGGAACGGAGGCCAUCGCUUCAGCACGUCCACCCGUAGACGACGAAAGGGAAACUCCACCUAGUCAAAGAGGAAAGUUCUAUAUAUAGAAAUUUGUGAACUGUAAUGAUGCAAAUACCUGCAUAGUAUCACAAAACUUUUUUUCUUUGAGAUGUAAGAAUUCUCUCAGUGUUGCAAUAUUGAUCAGUUUUAUUUUUUACACAUAUAUACUUUUGUUAAAAGGUAAGUGGAAUGGAUGUUUGUCGCCUCAUCUGUGAAUUUUUGGCAUGUGUAGAUAAUUUACAUGUUGAGAGAAAUUAUGAAAGUCAGCACAUGGAUUAUUGAUAUUUUUCAUUGUCCCAGUGAGUGUACAUACCCUAUAUAUAUAACAUUGAUCUAUAGCUAGGUAUGAGGAUCCACAGAGUGUAUUGUAUUUUAUAGCAGUAUUCAAAUCUAUGUUGUGAUGAAAUAUAACUAAAGCAUGUUCCCAUGUUAUUUUCAAAUAUAGCUUUUUAAAAAAGUGAUUUCAGAAGCAUUUUCUAAACAUCUGUUAUUUUUAUAAAGCAAACUCGCAUUGUGUGCAAAUGAACAUUUAAGAAACCUUUAGAGUUGUACUUAAUCUUCCAUUUGUUACAAUAACUAUUUUAUUUUUUAUUUGCCACAGUUUCACCAUUUUCGGGGGGGAUUUUGCAGUUUUUGGGGCACUAAGGCUUAACCAAUACUUUGAAGGAAAAAUGACUUGAUAUAAUUUGUGAAUCACAAUUCUACAAGAUAGUCGUUUUAUCUUGUUACCAAUUACAUUUAGUUUCACUAACAACCAAUUACAUUUAGUUUCAGUAACAAGUGGAAAAGGUUAUGACAUGUAUUGUAAUUGUAAUACCAUUUAUAAACCUUAUAAAGGUCAUAUGUGACAUUUUUGCCAUUUUUUUUCUAAAUCUUUUUCUCUUGUCUUCUCGAUAUGAAUUGUUGUUGUAUGAUUUCUGAUAUACGUUUUAGUUUUGUAUUGUAGUAAUAUUACUAUAGUUUGUAUAGCAGCCUGAUCAUCUCAGUGGUUAGAUCAUUUAACUAGUAAUGCAAGAGUCCCAGGUUCAAUCUCUGAUUAAUCCAAAGAUUUUUUUCUCCCCUUCUUUGCUGCAAUAACUUAGUAAUGUUCAUAUAUAUAACCUUCUGUAAUACAUAAGAGUUGACUUUACAUUUUUACUUGCAACACCUGGUAAUAUUUCCAAGCUUUUUUUUUUUUUUUUUUUGGUAGAAACAAAAAAGGCGCAGGGGUUUUGUACUUGAAAUGUCAUGAAAAAUCGUAUAUAAGACAAAAAAUGCUAGUGAAUUAUACUUUUUUAAAAAUGAUCAUGAAAAAUUACAUAUUAUUGAAAAACGUCGCAUAUGACCUUAAAAAGGAUUAAUGAUGCCAUAACAGAAACUUUACAUAGAUUCGCAAUACAUAGCGGUAUAGAACUUUUUAGUUCACAGCUUUAGAAUGCACAAAAGUUUGGUGGUAACAGUUUAUUUUCACUCUUUUUUUAAAUUCACAGACCCCCCCCCCCCCCCCUCCUUCAUAUUUUCACUGUCAUGUAAAUUUCACAAAAUAUAAAGUGGCAUGCUGUGUCUAAAAGCACAGAAUUAUAUCAAGAUUGGCUUUUUCCCAAAUUCCAAACAUCAUGUGUGUCAUUGUGUGAAAUUUUGUUGUUUGAGGUGUUUAUUAUAUUGAAGUAAUACUGACCUUAUGACAUGUUUUGCAGUAAUAAAAACAUGAUCAUUAUAAUGUUAUAUAUACUCUUUUGCAUACAACUAUAAUUUCAGCAUCAUUUCUUUUGCUCAAUAUUUCAAUAAUGGUAUUCACUUAAUGCCCAAUGCUUAGCUUUAAUGAUUUUUAUGUGCAUAUGUCAAGAAAACUUUUCAAUCUCAUGUUCAUUUAAUUGGGUGAUUGUUAUAUCAACUUUUUAUAGAGGUAUUCUGUUUGGAUUCACCUUUAUUUUGUGGACAAUUUUAUUUUCUAGAAUGAUAUAUUUAUGCAACUAGUACGCUGUGUUUAAUGAUAUACGACUGCGUAUUUCGUGUUUUAUACGACUGCAUAUUUCGUGUUUUGUACGACUACGUAUUUCGUGUUUUAUACAACUGUGUAUUUCGUGUGAUAUACGACUGCGUAUUUUGUGUUUUAUACGACUGCAUAUUUCGUAUGAUAUACGACUGCGUAUUUCGUGUUUUAUAUGACUGCAUAUUUCGUAUGAUAUACGACUGCGUAUUUCGUGUAUUAUACGACUGCGUAUUUCAUGCUUUAUAAGACUGCGUAUUUCGUGUUUUAUACGACUGCGUAUGUUGUGUUUGCUUGCGUUGAAAUGUUUUCAUCUACUAUCCUGUAACUUUCUACUCUCAAUGAAAGGUUAGGCUACUUUGAAUUAUGUAGGACAGCUUUAAUGUAAAAAAGAAAAAGAAAUCUCUUCUCUCUUUCCCAACUUUAAUGCUGAUUUAUUGUGCUGCAUCGGGAAUAUGAUGUAAUACAUGUAUAUUGUUUUCUUAUCUUAUUUUUCUGGAAUUAACUUCUUGAUGUAACAGGUACAGUCUUGGCGCAGUGCUUUCAGGAAGAAUUGUUUAGUUUACAUACAUGUAGUUGUUACUUUAUGUGUUUAAUGUUUUGAAUCUUACUCCUCAAUGCUGGAUUAUUUUUUCAAUGUUAAUCACUUGUUAACAUGUCUCCCAUUUUGUCACUUUAAUUCCAAAGAAAGGAAUAAGGAAGGGUUGUUUUUGGAGAGCAAGGAUGCUCAAGAAUUUUAGUGAUGAGGGCUUCUGGGGAUGUUUUGUCCUUAAUCACUAAAGAAAAAUAAUGAUAUGUAAUUUUGAGACACGGUUCUAUCAUAAUUGUAUAAAUCUUGGUAUUUUUAUUAUUGUGUUAUUUUUACUGCUUAUUAUUGCUCUUUGUUGCUAUGGAAAAAAAUUUCAAUAGAAUUUUAUUUUCUCGAUAUUUGACACAGGUAGUUCAUUUGGUAGAUACAUGAAUGUGUAUGUCAAAGGAAUUUUGCAGUAGUUAACAUGUAGUGUUGGAAUGUCUAGAAAACUAUCUGACAAAAUAUGUGUUGAUAUAUAGGUUGAGAAAAGUGUCUUUCUUUUCUCAACCUGACAAAAUAUGUGUUGAUAUAUAGGCUGAGAAAAGUGUCUUUCUUGGACGUCUCCUUAUGAGUGAAAAAUUCUCGAGCGAGACGUUAAGCGAGAUGCAAUCAAUCAACAAUCUUUCUUGGAUUUAUGUACUGCGUGUAGCUGUAUGUAAAGCAAAUGUUACCCCAGUCCCAAAAGUACAAUUACGAAGCUUUCUUUAUACAGUAGCAGAGUCUCGAAAAUAUGAUAUCUCGAAAUGGCAUGUUGAGUUUCCGUGAAGUAUGUUGUCGUUAUUUUAUUUCAAUGUUAAUAUUUUCAGUUUUAUUGUACUAAUAUUUCAUUUUAACAAAUAUUAAAUUUAUCAAGAUUUAUCUAGAAUAUUCAAGUCCCUAUUUUGUGUUCAAAAUUCACACAUUUAGAAAUAUAUUAUGUACAUAGUUUUUCCAAUAUUUAAGAAAUGUAGAUUUAAGUUUUAUGCUUUAUGAUAUUACAUUUCGAUGUGGGAGUCUUUCAUGUUCUUUGUUCAAAGAUAGUGCAAAGAAAUGUUUAAAAAGUAUAUUUCACGUACUAUAUAUUCUUUCAGUGUGUUACUAUAAACCAGCUCUUAUUCGCAACAGCUUUCUUUUGCUAUUUAACAGAGAUAAACUGGUUUUGCGGCAACUAAUUUUCAUUACGGAGAUAGUAAGAGAGAUUAAAGGACUGGUUCAUGGUGAGAAAUAUUCACAAGAACAAUGUUCUUGCAAACCCUACAAACAUUUCUUCCACAGGAACAAAAUUGGUUUACAGUAAUGGUUACAGGAUUCCAAAAGCAAUUUUAAAUGUUUCGAGACUGUUGGCUCUGGGGUUGUUGUUUUUUUUUAUUUUCUUGGAUUAAUGUACAUAUUUGGGGUUUACAUUGUUGUUUGAUUAAUGUGUACAGCUGUGUUUCUUCUCCAGUGAAAUGUGAAACACAGGUACAAGUGUUGAAAAUAUUUUGUCCAAACAUGGAAAUAUUUUUUAUUGUCAAUAUAUCAGAGGUUAUUUUCCCCUGUUUCCUCUUGUUGUUAAAUCACUGCGUAAUGCAAGGUUCAUCAUGAUUAUGUACAAAAGGUGAUAGUUAGAUCAGAGCUCUUUUAAUGAUAGAAAAUACAUGUAAUACUCAAACGGAAAAAUUUUGUGUUUGAAAUUUUUUGUGCUUUAAAAAAGCACACAUUUAUUUUUAGCCAUUUAGAUAUUUGCUGAUUUAAUGGAGUGACAUUAGAACAUUUUUUUAAUGAAAUAAUGAUGUAUUUAUUUUGGAGUUUAAGUUGACAAAAAUGAGCUUCCCACAUAAAUAAACCCUGUUCUAUAAUAUGUGCUAGUUAGUUAUAUAGUUAGCAAGGAGAGGUACAUUGUUACAUUGUAUAAAUCACUAAAACAGAAAAAAACACAUAAACUUUAUAAUUUUUUAAAACGUAUUUGAGCAGUGAGUGGAUCAUGUGCUUUUGCUGGCUUUGUCUUUCAUGUCUCUGCUUUAAUACCCUACAUUCUAAAUUUAGACAUUUUGCUUGUUUGUUUUUUUUCCCAGUGCUACACACAUACAUGUUAUAUACAAUGGUAAGUGUACUGCAAUACAACAGAAUGAUAAUUUAUGUAUAUCCUUCUUUUAUUACGAAUUUUAUUGUUACCUAGUCUGAUAUUAGUAACUAGGAUUAACGUAAAUGAAUACAUUUUUCACAAUA